AUGGAGAAGCGGCGGGGUGUUUUGCAUGUGGACUAUGGCGGUUGUGACGCAGACGGCGCCGCCAAGUUCCUGAGCCACGUCCCCUACGACGAGACCUACGACCCCGAUGAGCUGGACCCCGACAUGCCCGACUUCGACGCCGACGUGAAGAUCCCGGGGCGUCACUACCCCAAACUGCCCUACGGACACCCGUUCCACGCCCAGAGCGCAGGGGCCGCCUCCCACCACGCCCGGUCCUACCAGCCCGGGCACGCGGGCGGCUCUCAGCAGGGCUACGGCCAGACGGGGCACUGGCUGGGCCAAGGCUACUACCCCGACCAGAGACCCGCCAGCCCGAGGCACGACCAGGGGUUCCAGUCCGAUCACGGCGACGACCAGGACUACUACCAGACCAAUCAGCUGUACGACCAGACCCAUCGCAACGGCGGCGCGAGGCAGGGGGCGGGCGGUGGAGGCUGGCGGAAGGACGAGGACGAAGAUGAUUAUAACGACUUCGACGACGACCACGACCCAGAGGAAGACAGCCAAGUGUCAGCCACGCAGCUGCCGACGGGCCCGCACUUCGACAGAUCGCUCCCUCGCAGCAUCACGGUGCAGGCGGGGAAGACGGCGAGGCUCGUGUGUCGCGUCUUCGACAUCGGGGAGACAUCGGUGUCGUGGAUCCGGGUGGGGGACCUGCACAUCCUGUCGGUCGGGAAGUACAAGUACAGCACGGACAGCCGCCUCUCCGUGAUCUUCAACGAGCCCGAGCAGGAGUGGGUGCUGCAGAUCGCGGGCGUGACGGAGAGCGACGCGGGCAUGUACGAGUGCCAGAUCUCGACGAAGCCGGUCCUCAGCUUCAUGGUCAGCAUGGAGGUCGUAGCUGAGGCCUUCACCACGACGCCCUUCCCGAAGCUGAGCGACGUGGAGGAGACGCAGGUGAAGCAGUCGCAGACGGAGCAAUCAGUGCCCAGCGCGACCAUCGUGAACGGCCCGGAGAUCUUCGUGCACCGGGGUUCCCUCAUCAACCUCACGUGCAUCGUCGACCACACCACCGAGCGCCCCCUCUACAUCGUCUGGUACCACUACAACAAGGUGAGUACCGUUUCCCUGUCGUUUGGAUCGCAGUCAAGACGGAACAGGGACGGCGAGGACGGCGAGGGCGGCGAGGAGGACGGCGACGCGACGCGCGCGGGGAAGGCUCCGUGUGCCAUAAAGCUACUAAAGGACGUCUCAAGGAUGGAGGAAAUGAGCUUGCUCACACUUGAGUUUCCACUUGUGCCUGUCUGUGAUGAAUUUAAUUUCCAUGUCAGCAAGCGCAUUCUUUUGUUGGGCAAUUUGUCAUAUUUCAUGCAUGGUCGAUAUUAUUACGCUGCCCGUUAUCCCGCGACCUUCAUUCCAACGACCAAUAUCAAUAUUUACACCGUCAAUAUUCCCCAAACGGUCCCAGAGAAAUACUACAACGCGAAGACGUGUGAAUAUCGAAAGGGUUAG